ACUUUUGCCGUCCUCGCGUAGAAAUGACCAGUUUUGUGCGUGUAAUUGAUAAAAUUUGUAGACUCUGCUUAUCGGAAAAUGAAGCAAUUCUACUGCCAACAUCACAGGUCAUCGAUUCAACACUGACCGUCGAUGAUAUUGAGCGAUGUACCGGCGUACGGGUGGAAGAGGAACACGUGACGUACGUGAUUUGCGAACCGUGCCACAAUAAGCUGCAAAAAUUUACCGCCUACCGAUACUUCUGCUUAAGCAAUGACGAGCGCUUCCGGGAACUGUUUUCAGCGCUGUGCGCAAGUGAGCGAGAUUCGGAGGCUAAACCACCGAGUGCGAUGUCCGAACACAGCUACUUCCGAAUGGACGAUGACAGUGAGUACGUGAUUAGCUACGCCAAACCAUCGGAUGAUGGUUAUGAAGAAGCAAUCGAGGCGUUUGGGCUCGAGGAACAUCUAGAGCCGGAAGAGCAUGUUGAAAUACUCGAACCAACGGAGCAGCAGAACAGUGACGAGGGAUUGGACUGGUGGUCCGCCACUACACCACCAUUACCGUCCGAAGCCGAACCUUUCACAGAGGAGCUGGAAGAGAUUGAGCCUCCGGUGAAACCAAAGAAACCACGGAAACCGUACGUGCGACGGGCGACGAUUGGUAAAGAGCAGGAUAGUUCGGUGAAAAAACCGCGGGUGUAUAAGAAGCGAGCAAAUCGAAACAAGCUGCCCAAGAAGCUGUGCACGGUGUGUGGUAAGUUUGUGGCCCACUUGAACCAUCACCUUCUAUCGCACACAAAGGAACGAAGGUUCCCUUGCACAUACUGUCCGAGGGCUUUCAGUCGCAGCUCGUUAUUGAAGGUGCACGUAGAAACGGUACAUCUGAAGAAGACGGCCAAGAGCUGUGAGCUGUGCGAUAGGAGCUUUUCGUACAAAUCCAGCUACACGAUCCACAUGCGAGCUGCACAUGAUAUUGGCGAAUGGUACGAAUGCAAGCUUUGCGAUCUUAAAUUUCGGCAUCCGGGAGGCUUGCGGGGUCACAACAAUCGCAAGCACAAUGUGGCGAGCAACUGCGAAUGCACAAUCUGUGGCAUGAUCUUUCAGGACAAUAUUGGACUGAAGAAACAUGGCCGAGUGCACUCGAACGAACAACCGUUUGCGUGUCGCUACUGUCCGAAGCGUUUCAAAAGCCCGAACGCGCAUCGGGCACACGAGCUGAUUCACCAGGGUGUCGUGUUCACGUGUGAGUACUGUGAGAAAACCUAUCGGUACAAAUCGUUGCUGAAUAUGCAUGUGAAAAAAGAGCACAAGAAGCAGGUGGCGAAAAGCGAGAGAAAAAAAGCUUUGGCCAACACACAAUCGUAAGAUAAGUUAAAUUAAAAAUUACCAUAAUGCUGUUAAAGCAUUGCGCAGUACGCUCAUUUACUGUAUGAAUGUUGAUGUGAAUUUCUCUAUGACUAAAUUAAUAAAAUAACAAUUAAUUUCUAUUGGGAAUGUCCAAUA